UACAAUCUUUAUAAUUAAUAAAUAAUUUUGAUAAUUUAUGAUUAAUAUAAUUAUAUAUGCACUACUCUACCUAUUUUACUAAUUUGUAUCACUAUUAAAUAAUAACAUAAUUAAAAAGUAGGUAUCCAUAACUUAAUGCAAUGUUUAUCCAUGAUUUUAAUAUUAUCCAUAGUUUUAUUUUGAUAAUUUAUAAUUAUUUAAAUAGAUACAUAUACAAAUUAAUUGUUAAUUCUAUGAUAUUUUUUAUUAGCAACCAUACCAUAACCGACACUAAUUCUAUAACCGGAUCAUUAUCUACGUUCACUGGGAAAUUGUUUUUGCAAACCUGUUUUUCACCGAAUAUCUUUUUCUCUUUCGAAAUUGAUUUUUUUCUUAGAAAAUCACAGGCGCUAGCAACUAACAAGUAACAACUCUCAAGAUUUUCCGCCUCAACUUCAACAGAUUCCGCAAAGCCUCAGAGAAUCAUUAAUUAUCUAUAUUUCUUUUCCCACUUCGACUUAGGGUUUUCUCCUGGAUUUAACACUCAAGCUCCCAAUUUCCAGAAGUUCCAUAGCCAUCCAUUCUCAAAUCCGCCGCCAUGGCACCCCGCUUCUUUCCCUUCACUAUCGCUCUCCGACCACAGACGAGAUCAAAAUCUCGGCAGCUCUCUUCUGCCGACAUUAGCAGCCUCGACGACAAUCUGGUCUUGGCAAUCCUAACCCGGCUCCCAAACCCUAGAUCCGUCUUCCGCUGCAAAUCCGUCUGCAAGCGGUGGAAUUCCCUCAUCUCCACUCCCUACUUCCUCCCCAAUUUCCUCCGCCACAUAGCAGCUCACGGCAGCGAUGACGAAUUCCCCCUCCUCUUUCCGCAAUCCCACCGGGAAACCAUGGGUUUCCUCCCCAUCACAGAAGACUACCGCGAUCACUUCCGCGUCCUGGCAUCCUGCGAUGACCUGAUCCUCUGCGGACUGACAACGAAGUGGCAUGAGAGUGCCGGGAGUUGGCUCUUCGUCUGCAACCCUUUCACAAACCAAUGGGUGAACCUCCCAGUGGCCUACAUUGAAGAUCGAGAAGAAGUGCUCCAGCGCCAGAGGAUCAUGGUGGGUUUCGUCUGCCAGCCCUGCUACACCUACUGCGGCUUCAAAGAUCGGGUAUUGAUCGAUUCCCAGUUCAAGUUCAGGGUAGUUCUCUUGUACGUAGUCGAAGGUACUUACUCGUGUGAUGUGUUCUGUUCCGAAUUGGGACAGUGGGUUGAACGGUUUGACCCUAUCCAAGAAGGGAUUGAGCAUUUUGUAACCUCUGAGAACCAUAUCACCUUGCCUUCCUUUAACGGGAAGAUCUACUGGAAGGCCAUUGAUUCGCAUCAAUUGGUUGGUUACGAUCCAUUUGACAUCGAUGGAGCACCGGAAUUCAUCGAUUACUCUGGGUUGCUGGAUUCACAUCCCACACAAUUGGUCUGUGGAGUCGACAUUGGGGUUUCCAAGGGCUCUCUGCAUCUGAUUGUGGCAGAGCACACCGUCGAUGAUGUUAGUUGUGUAGAUGGUUUAAGUGUUUGGAGAUUAGGAGAUAAGGGUAAUUGGGAGAUGAAGAAUCGAAUGUUGUUGAAAUCGAUGUGGGGGAGAUUCAAGUUACAAAAGAAUAGUAGGGGAGGAUUGAUGAGUAGUCUGGAGGUAAAGGGGACAUUGGGUAUGCACCCAUCCAAGCCCGAGAUAGUCUACUUAGCUUAUGCCAAUUUCGGUGCUUGUUAUGCUGUGUCCUGCAACUUGAACAGUGGAGAGCUCGAGCUUUGUGGCGAUUUGCCCGUAGAAUCGAGGUUCUGUUGGAAUGUUUUCCAGCCGGGGGUCACUUUCUGGCCUACCCCAGUCCCGGUUCCAACUUAUGACCGUGUGGAGUUUUCUAACGAUGAAGGUACAGGUAGUGUUGUGGCUCAUAGCAGCAUGGUUGAACCACUAGUUCCACCACCAUCGAAGAAGAGCGGCCAGAGGAGAUGGAUGAGCUUUAGUUGGAUGCGUAUGAUGAUCUUCUUGAAGGUGAUGAUAAGAGGGCGAGGGCGUUUCUGGAAUUGGGGAUGGGAGACUAAUAAGGAAGAAGUGGCUGCUUAGGAGACUUCAUUUGAGGGAGGAAGAAUCAGAUGUAGGGAUAUGGCUUAGAGUGAUAUUGGUAUCCACUGUGUGAAUUGUGAUGUUGAACUUUGAAAACUACUUUGCUUCUUUAUUAGGGCUUGACCAUCCAUGACUGAGUUGAGAGCUCACGAGUUGGAAUUAUUUUCUUAGUUCGUUUGAAUGUGUUAUUUGUGAAAUCUCAAAUAUGCUUAUUAUUUGGUAUUUAAUUGUCCUAAAUUCUUUUUGGUACUUGGAAAUAAUGGAAUGGAUGAUGGGGUAUUUUCAUUACAAUUUGAUUAAUUAUCAUUCUAUCCUUCAUAAUAGAAACAAAAAGCAAGUCUCCCCAUCCUAACGAGUUUAGGUACAACAGUUAUGCUAUAUACCAUCUAUCCAUGAUUUUCAAAUCUUAACAAUCGCCUUAAUGAAAAGUAGGUGGGUUUAUAAUAUGAUAUUCUAAAAUUAACUCGUAUGUGGUUUGGAGAAAAUAGAUUUAUAGCUUCGAACAAUCAAUUAUAAUGAAAUAUCGAAGUUAAU